AUGAAGGAAGUGGUUAAGAAAGAAAUCAUCAAAUGGCUUGACGCUGAGAUUAUCUAUCCCAUUUUUGAUAGCGCCUGGGUUAGUCCUAUCGAGUGUGUACCAAAUAAGGAAUGCAUGACAGUUAUCAGCAAUGAGAAGAAUGAGCUUAUCUCCACAAGAACAUUCACUGGAUGGAGGAUUCACAUGGAUUAUAUGAAGCUGAAUAAGAAUUGCUUAGACAACCUGGAUAUAGUCCUGACAAGAUGUGAAAAGACUAAUUUGAUGCUGAACUGGGAGAAGUGUCAUUUCAUGGUAAAAGAAGGAAUUGUGCUAGGGCAUAAAAUUUCAAAAUAUGGUUUGGAAGUGGAUCAAGCCAAGAUAGAAGUUAUUGAGAAGCUGCCCCCACAUGUGAAUAUAAAGGGUAUUAGAAGCUUCUUGGGACAUGUUGGCUUCUAUAGAAGGUUUAUCAAGGAUUUUUCAAAGAUCACCAAACCACUUUGCCAAUUGCUGCAACAUGAUGUUCCUUUCGUCUUCAGUAAGAAUUGUUUGAAUUAUUUCAAUGUACUAAAGAAGGCUGUAGUUUCUUCCCCUGUAGUGAAGGCUCCAGACUGGAUAAAACCAUUUGAGUUGAUGUGUGAUGAAAGUGAUUUUGAAAUUAGCGUUGUACUUGCGUUUGACCUUGAGAUACGAGACAAGAAAGGAGUUGAAAACCUGGUAGCUGAUAACUUGUCAAGGCUUCCAGAAGAAGUUCAUGAUAAAGAAGCUGGAGAUAUUCACGAGAAUUUCCCUAAUGAGAAGCUUUUGAUAAUAAUUGAUGGCCUGACUCCAUGGUAUGCUGACAUUGUCAACUACCUUGUAAGUGGAGUCGUGCCACCUGAGUUCAACUCUCAACAGAGGAAGAGGUUCUUUCACAUGACACAAAUCUAUUUUGUGGGAUGA